AAGCUGAAACCCAACGCUCAGCCUAAGUUCUUCAAAGCUCGGACAGUACCUUUUGCACUCCGAGCAGGUGUGGAAGCAGAACUAAGUCGGCUGGAGGAACAAGGUGUCAUCUCAAAGGUAGAGCACAGUGAGUGGGCAUCACCAGUUGUACCGGUAAAGAAAUCGAAUGGGGACUUGCGCAUUUGUGGCGAUUUCCGCAUGGCACUGAACUCUCAACUGGAAAUAGACCAGUAUCCCCUACCCAGAGUAGAUGACAUUUUUGCCUCUCUUGCAGGAGGUCAAAAGUUCACCAAGCUUGAUCUCAAACAAGCAUAUUUACAGUUUGAGGUCCAUCCUUCUUCCCGCAAGUUUCUGACCAUCAACACCCACAAGGGACUGUAUCAAUAUAAUCGGAUGGUGUUUGGGGUAGCCUCUGCCCCAGCCAUUUGGCAACGAAAAAUGGACGAGAUUUUGGCGGACAUUCCUUUCACUCAGUGCCUGCUAGAUGACAUGCUCAUUACAGGUCGGACCGACCAGGAACACAAGCAGAAUGUGGAGCUUGUGUUGGCGAGACUCCAAGAACAGGGUCUGAAAGUGAACUUAGCAAAAUGCCAAUUCAUGGUGCCUAAAUUGGAGUUUUGUGGCCACCUUGUGGAUGCAGAAGGUAUACACACCACGGAAGCCAAGGUUGAUGCUUUAGUCAAAGCUCCAGCCCCAACCAACGUCCAGCAGCUGCGAUCAUACCUUGGCUUGCUGAACUAUUACCACAAAUUCCUGCCAGAUCUGGCACACACCUUGUUUCCGUUGAACAAGCUUUUGGAGAAACACUCCAGAUGGGACUGGUCGGCUGCAUGCCAACGUGCUUUUGAAGUUUCUAAGCGGAAGCUGUUGGCGUCACGCAUGCUCGUGCACUAUGACCUCCAGAAGCCUCUCACCUUGGCUUGUGAUGCCUCACCCUAUGGUCUGGGGGCGGUACUAUCUCACAUCUUACCAGAUGGGUCAGAAAAACCAGUGGCAUUUGCCUCCAGGUCUUUGACAAAAGCAGAAAGCAAUUACUCACACAUUGACAAAGAGGCUCUUGCGCUGAUAUGGGCAAUUAAGAAGUUUCAUCUUUACCUGUAUGGUAGGGAAUUCACCAUACUGACGGACCAUAAACCACUCCUUCAGAUCUUUAGCCCUGACAAAGGCAUCUCCCAGACUACUGCGGCCCGCCUCCAACGCUAUGCCCUAUUCUUGGGGGCAUACAGCUACAAAAUUCAGGACUUGCUACAUACUGGUCAUCCCGGGAGCACACGUAUGAAACAAAAGGCCAGAGGCUAUGUGUGGUGGCCAAACCUAGACUCAGAUAUCACAACAUAUGUGAAUGCUUGUGCUGGAUGUGCACAAACGGCAAGAGACCCUCCUCGAGGGUGCGUCCAGCCCUGGACUUGGCCCACGGUUCCUUGGUUUCGCCUACACUUGGACUUUGCAGGCCCGAUCAGAGGACACACCUUCUUGAUCAUAGUGGACGCCCAUUCAAAGUGGCCUGAGGUCAUUCCUGUUACUCAGCCAACGACUAAGGCAACGGUUUCCAUACUGUUACAUCUCGCUGCUACGUUUGGAUACCCCAGAGAGAUCGUCACAGACAACGGUGCACAAUUCACCAGUCAGGAGUUUCAGCAUUUCCUGACUGCCCACAACAUCAAGCACAAGUUAACCGCACCUUACCACCCGGCUACAAAUGGUCAAGCAGAGCGGUUUGUGCAGACUUUU